AAAAAUCAAUUUAAAUAAAAAAAUCAAAUUUAAAAAAAACAUUUUUUAUUUUUAAAAAUUGAUUUUUAUCCAUCCUAUCCUCAGUUGAAUUCCUGAAACAAACCAAGUGGCUAGAUCUCUUGAAAUGGAUGACAGUCAGUGUAUUUUGACUCUGUUUUAUGACCUUACCACAGUUGCUCCGUGAAUCCCUGCCAUUAGUGACAAGGUCAUUAAGUGAAUCAGUCUUCCUGCUUGUCAGGAGGUCGCAAAAGGGGGGUCGCCCUUACGACCCUCAUAAAUACAAGCCGGGACUCUUUAUCAUGUGCCCAUGGGGAUGUCGCAAUGGCCAUUAAGUGUGAAAAAUUGCUCCUUUUUUUUUUUUUUUUUGCUUCUAUCUUUGAACGGUCGCUAAAGGAAUCCUCAUAAGUGGAGGACUAUCUGUCUUCCCAGAAAAUAGCCAAGCUGUUUUUGCGGCAGAGUGAGACCGAUUUUGAAAAUUAUUUUCUUUAUUUUACUUUUAUUUUUUUGUAGGGAGAAUUGGAGUGCUUUGAGCCCCAAAGCAUCUUAGCUUUUCAACCCACGCCGGCCUGGUGCCUGUAUGGUGACCAGAUGGCAUCCCGCAAAGGAUCGGCCACCAGUCCUGGAAACGCGCCUGUUGUCAAUGGCCGAGACCGGGAAGAUGUGGAACUGGCUGAGCUCGGGCCCCUUUUAGAGGAGAAAGCCAAUCCGGGAACGUCCCGGUCGGCUGAGAACCCGUGUCAGCCAUGCCCGGCUACUCAGGAGGAAGAGGAGGAGGAAGUAAGGGUCUUAACCCUCCCCUUGCAAGCCCACCAUGCCAUGGAGAAGAUGGAAGAAUUCGUCUACAAGGUCUGGGAAGGCCGGUGGCGGGUGAUCCCCUAUGACGUGCUGCCUGAUUGGCUGAAGGACAACGAUUACCUGCUUCACGGACACCGCCCGCCCAUGCCAUCGUUCCGUGCCUGUUUCAAAAGCAUCUUUCGCAUCCACACCGAGACUGGAAACAUCUGGACCCACCUGCUCGGCUUCGUCCUCUUCCUGUGUCUCGGCGUCCUGACCAUGCUGCGCCCCAACAUGUACUUCCUGGCGCCCCUGCAGGAGAAGGUGGUUUUCGGGAUGUUCUUCCUAGGCGCCGUGCUAUGUCUCAGCUUCUCCUGGCUGUUCCACACCGUCUACUGUCAUUCGGAGAAGGUCUCGCGAACAUUCUCCAAGCUGGACUACUCGGGAAUCGCCCUGCUGAUUAUGGGAAGUUUUGUCCCGUGGCUUUACUACUCCUUCUUCUGCUCGCCUCAGCCGCGACUCAUCUACCUGUCCAUCGUCUGCGUCCUGGGCAUCUCCGCCAUUAUCGUGGCCCAGUGGGAUCGCUUUGCUACCCCCAAGCACAGGCAGACCCGAGCAGGGGUCUUCCUCGGGCUGGGCCUGAGCGGCGUGGUGCCCACCAUGCACUUCACCAUCGCCGAGGGCUUCGUCAAGGCCACCACGGUGGGCCAAAUGGGAUGGUUCUUCCUGAUGGCUGUGAUGUACAUCACCGGAGCCGGACUCUACGCGGCUCGUAUUCCGGAAAGAUUCUUCCCGGGCAAGUUUGACAUCUGGUUCCAGUCCCAUCAGAUCUUCCACGUCUUGGUGGUGGCCGCGGCCUUCGUCCACUUCUAUGGCGUCUCCAACCUGCAGGAGUUCCGGUACGGAUUGGAAGGCGGCUGCACAGAUGACUCGCUGCUCUAAGGACCACGGGAAACGAUUGCAAAAAGUUCCCGAAGGGCUUUUCUGGCAGACUUCGUCUUUCUCGACUUAAAACCAAAAGAUGGCUUU